AUGGACAGCACGAGCUGCCUGGUGGACGACGCGAGCAGCGGCGCGUCCACGGGCAAGAAGCCGGCGCCGGCUCCGGCUGCGGGGACCGGCGGCAAGCCGCUACAGCGCGUGGGCAGCGGUGCCAGCGCGCGGAACGGGAAGCUGCCGUCGUCCAAGUACAAGGGCGUGGUGCCGCAGCCCAACGGGCGGUGGGGCGCGCAGAUCUACGAGCGGCACCAGCGCGUGUGGCUGGGCACGUUCACGGGCGAGGCCGAGGCCGCGCGCGCCUACGACGUGGCCGCGCAGCGGUUCCGUGGGCGCGACGCCGUCACCAACUUCCGCCCACUCGCCGAGUCGGACCCGGAGGCCGCCGUCGAGCUCCGGUUCCUCGCGUCCCGGUCCAGGACCGAGGUCGUCGACAUGCUCCGCAAGCACACCUACGGCGGGGAGCUCGCGCAGAACAGGCGCGCCUUCGCCGCCGCGUCCCCGGGGGCGGCCUCGCCGCCGCCCAAGAACAACAACCCCGCCGCCUCGUCGUCGCCCGCGGCGACCGCGGCGCGCGAGCACCUCUUCGACAAGACGGUGACGCCGAGCGACGUGGGGAAGCUGAACCGGCUGGUGAUACCGAAGCAGCACGCGGAGAAGCACUUCCCGCUGCAGCUCCCGGUCCCGGCCGCGGCGGCGACGGUCAGCGGCGGCAAGUGCAUGGGCGUGCUCCUCAACUUCGAGGACGCCGCCGGGAAGGUGUGGAGGUUCCGGUACUCGUACUGGAACAGCAGCCAGAGCUACGUGCUGACCAAGGGGUGGAGCCGGUUCGUCAAGGAGAAGGGGCUCCACGCCGGGGACGCGGUCGGGUUCUACCGCUCCUCCGGCAAGCAGCAGCUCUUCAUCGACUGCAAGCUCCGGCCCAAGACUAAGACGGCAGCAGCCUUCGUCAACGCGACGACCACGGCCACCACACCGCCCCCCGCCGCGGUGAAGACGGUGAGGCUUUUCGGCGUGGACUUGCUCACGACGACACCGAGGCCAGCGGUCGUGGCGGCGCCGCCGGAGCAGGAGGAGAUGGUAGCCGUGGCGAACAAGAGAGCUAGGGACGCCAUCUCCGCGUCUACUCCAGUGCACAUGGUUUUCAAGAAGCAAUGCAUAGACUUCGCGCUGACCUAG